GCAGGUACGCGCCCUCUUAGCUUGCUGGUGGAGCUUGGAGGUGGCGGGAGCGGGUUCCGGCGAGAGAGCAAGCGGGCGCUGGGGCGGGGCGGGAGAAAGUGGUGGCCGGAGGACCUCGGCAGUGACGCGUGGCCGAGCCCAGGAGCUCCGAUCUUCGUGCCCGCCUUCGUGAGCGUCUGGCUGCCGGCCCAGGGGUCCCCCGCCGCGGCCCCGCGCCGAGUCCGCCGUCCCGUGCCAUCCCGGGCGAGGUGGGAAUCGGCGAUCGCCCCGUACCCCGCUCUCGUAGUCCCCAGACCGUCCAUGCCCACGCGGGUGCUGACCAUGAGCGCCCGCCUGGGACCAGUGCCCCAGCCGCCGGCCGCGCAGGACGAGCCCGUGUUCGCGCAGCUCAAGCCGGUGCUGGGCGCUGCGAACCCGGCCCGCGAUGCGGCGCUCUUCCCCGGAGAGGAUCUGAAACACGCGCACCACCACCCGCCUGCGCCGCCGCCAGCCGCCGGCCCGCGACUGCCCUCCGAGGAGCUGGUCCAGACAAGAUGUGAAAUGGAGAAGUAUCUGACACCUCAGCUUCCUCCAGUUCCGAUCAUUUCAGAUCAUAAAAAGUAUAGACGAGACAGUGCCUCAGUGGUAGACCAGUUCUUCACAGACACUGAAGGCUUUCCUUACAGCAUCAACAUGAACGUCUUCCUCCCUGACAUCAGUCAACUGAGAACUGGCCUCUACAAAUCCCAGAGACCGUGCGUAACACAGAUCAAGACAGAACCUGUUACCAUUUUCAGCCACCAGAGCGAGUCGACCGCCCCUCCUCCGGCCCCCACCCAGGCCCUCCCUGAGUUCACUAGUAUAUUCAGCUCGCACCAGACCACAGCGCCUGAGGUGAACAAUAUCUUCAUCAAACAGGAACUUCCUAUACCAGAUCUUCAUCUUUCUGUCCCUCCCCAGCAGGGCCACCUGUACCAGCUUUUGAAUACACCGGAUCUAGACAUGCCCAGUUCGACAAACCAGACAGCAGUAAUGGACACCCUUAAUGUUUCUAUGGCAGGCCUUAACACACACCCCUCUGCUGUUCCGCAGACGUCAAUGAAACAGUUCCAGGGCAUGCCCUCUUGCACGUACACCAUGCCAAGUCAGUUUCUUCCUCAGCAGGCCACCUACUUUCCCCCAUCGCCACCGAGCUCAGAGCCUGGAAGUCCCGAUAGACAAGCUGAGAUGCUCCAGAAUUUAACCCCACCUCCGUCCUAUGCUGCUACAAUUGCUUCGAAACUGGCGAUCCACAAUCCAAAUUUACCUGCCACUCUGCCAGUUAAUUCGCCAAAUAUGCAACCUGUCAGAUACAACAGGAGGAGUAACCCGGAUCUGGAGAAGAGACGCAUCCACUUCUGUGAUUAUAAUGGUUGCACAAAAGUUUAUACAAAGUCGUCUCAUCUGAAAGCUCACCUGAGGACUCAUACGGGUGAGAAGCCCUACAAGUGUACCUGGGAGGGCUGCGACUGGAGGUUUGCCCGGUCGGACGAGCUGACCCGCCACUACAGGAAGCACACGGGUGCCAAGCCGUUCCAGUGCGUGGUGUGCAACCGCAGCUUCUCCCGCUCCGACCACCUCGCGCUGCACAUGAAGCGCCACCAGAACUGAGCACUGCGCCAAGCCGCUCGACGCCUCGCAGUCCGCUCCGCCAUCCUUUAAACCGCAGACCUAACUUCAUAUAAAAAAAAAAAUCAAAAGAACUGGAAAUGUAUAUUUUGUAUAUUUGAGGCCACAGGGAAUACAUUGUAUCAAUACCAAAGUGUUUGGUCAUUUUGAGAACCUGGAAGCUUGCUGUCAUGCUCAACCACUAGCUUUAUUCCAGCAAACUUCAUCUCCAGACAGGCAGCCGCAUCUCAGCAUGGGGAACUGGUGGGGGUGCACGGGGUGCGUAUGCUGUUUCUUAUACAGACUGCACACACGCAGUCAUGUGUGACAUUGUUUAGGGUAAACCGAUUGGCAGGCACCCAGACAGAUUGUCAAGAUUUUACUUGACGUGGACUCAUUUUUCUUAAGAUUAGAUUAUUUCCAUAGAUGGGAGGUACACAGUGUACCUGGCAAUUCACAAAUAGCCAUUGAACAAAUGUUUUUGUUUUGUUUUGUUUUAUAUGAGUUGCCUAUAUUUGCUAUUCAGAAUUUUGUAAAUAUGCAAAUCAGCUUUAUAGGUUUAUUACAAGUUUUUAAGAGAAUUGUUUGGGGGGGAGAAAUCAUACUUUUGAAAAUAAUUAUGAAUACAUUUACAGUUAGAGUUUGUGGUAAGAUACCUCUCAAAUUACCAAAACCAUUUUUGGGGGGAGGGGCUAAUCAUUCAAAUGAGAGUAAAAUGCAAAUUUCACUCACUGAUUGAAAUAAGAUUUUAUUUUAAAUAUGAGAGUUUUUUUUAUGUGAAUUUAAACUGAAAUGCUUAAAGAUAGUUACAAUACACAGACAUUAAUGGUCUUACCAUUAGUUAAACAGUAUCAUUUUUUUUCUAAGUGGAGAAGGAUUGUUGUGUUCCUUGUUGAUCUUAAAGACGCUGUUUUCACUCGUGGAAGCAUUGAAUUUCUGGUGCAGUUUCUCUCAGACUAGGAUGUUUGCUCAUGCAGUGCUGUUGGUUAAAUGACAAUUUUUGCGGAUUUUUGCAUGUAAUACCCAGUGAGACACAGUAAUUUUAUUGAAAUUACAGUGCCACGUAGUUAACCUGUUGUUAAUACUGACUCGUUGUCUGCCUUUAAUAUCAGUGAUGUGUUGAAAGCUUACCAAUAUGCAAUACGGCUAGGAAUGUGACAUGGAUGCUGUUAACCAAAGGGCAGAAAUCACAAGCAAAAUGCCAAAAGCGGUCUUAAUUAAAAAUCUUGUUUUUAAAAUAUUGUUUUAUCAUUAUUUAUUUUGUGGUAAUAUAGUAAGUUUUUUUUUUUUUAGAAAACAAUUUUCAUAACUUGAUAAAUUAUAGUUUCGUUUGUUAGAAAAGUUGCUUUGACGUGUAAAUAGGCAACAAACGGUGUAAAUAGUUUUGUAAGGCUCCAAGAUGUUUAUACGUGGACACACCUACAUCAAAAGCAUAACUCGGCUGCUGUUCUGCUGCUUCGUCCCUUAUUUUUGUAUUGUGGUAAUUUCCUAUGCAAAUAUCAGCAAGCAGCUGUAUAGCUGUAGAAUUUUUUGAGAGAAUGAGAUGUUUAUAUAUUAACGACAAUUUUUUUUUUUUUGAAAAUAAAAAGUGCCUAAAAG